AUGAUUCUCUUGCCCCCGAUGUUUUACCUGUUGUUUUUUGCACUGCUUCAGGUCGCGCUGGUCAGGGCCGUUGAUGAUUACGACGUGUUGCAAUACAUUAAUCCACUCAUUGGAAGCACAGAUGGCGGAAAUGUCUUUCCUGGGGCAACAAUCCCUUAUGGCAUGGCCAUGGCCGUGGCUGAUACGGACUCCCAAAGUAACCAAGGCGGAUUUACUCUAGAUGGCAGUAAAAUCACAGGGUUCUCCAGUUUACAUGACUCUGGAACAGGAGGCCAACCCUCACUUGGGAAUUUCCCGCUAUUUCCCUACGUUUCUUGCGCUGAUGACCAAGUCAAUGGCUGCGUCUACCCCAAGAAGCUGCGGAAAACGACCUAUGACCAAAAUUCGGUCGUAUCCAGCCCUGGUUACUUUGGUUUAACCAUGGAUUCUGGUAUCCAAGUGGACAUGACCGCAUCUCAUCAUACCUCUCUUUUCCGCUUCCGCAUUACAUCUAAUCAGACUUCCGGCCCCCUCAUCCUGCUGGACCUUAGUGACUUGUCGGACACGAGACAAGAUAACGGGUCAGUGUUUGUGGAUGAGACCACCGGUCGACUCACAGGUUACGCACGCUUCCUGCCGAGCUUCGGCAGUGGCUCGUAUGUGCCGUAUUUCUGUGCGGAUUUUGAUAGUGACGCCGGGAUUCGCGACAACGGGAUCUUCGUUAACUCCCGAGCAAGUACCGAUGUGAAGAAUGUUACAGUAUCCCGGAGCAUCAAUGGUUAUCCCCUCCCGGCCGGGGGUUUUGUUCGAUUCAAUCAACGUCAAUCCCACACCAUCAAGGCCCGUGUGGGCCUGAGUUUUUUGAGCAUUGCGCAGGCUUGUCAUAAUGCUGAACAUGAAAUUCCCAACUUUGACUUCAAUGCCACCCGGUCUGCUGCCGUUGAUUUGUGGACGGAGAAGCUAGCCCCAAUCCGUGUGUCCAGGAAUGGUAUCGACUCUUCGGUUCUUACCAAUUUCUACAGUGGAAUUUACAGGACUAUGGUCAACCCUCAGAACUACACUGGAGAAAACCCGCUUUGGAGUAGCGCAGAACCCUACUUCGACUCCUUUUAUUGCCUCUGGGAUUCGUUCCGGUCUCAGAUUCCCUUCUUGACAAUUGUUGAUCCUUCGGCCGUGACCAGCAUGAUUCGCUCCUUAAUUGACACACAGAGGCAUUUGGGAUGGCUUCCCGAUUGCCGUUACACACAAGGCGGCUCCAACGCGGACGUAGUGCUUGCAGAUGCAUACGUAAAAGGUUUAUCAGAUGGCAUCGAUUGGGAAGAUGGAUACACAGCUGUUCAAAAAGAUGCCGAGGAAGAGCCAUAUGACUGGUCAAAUGAGGGCCGGGGAGGAUUGGCUAGCUGGAAAUCGCUAAACUACAUUCCGGUUGAAGAUUUCGAUUAUGUCGGCUUUGGAACCAUGACACGGAGCAUUUCGCGUACCUUAGAGUAUGCCUACAAUGACUUCACCAUUGCACAGAUUGCUCGUGGUCUCAACAAAACAGGGGAUGCUGAGAAGUACGAAGGAACGUCCAGAUAUUGGCAGAACCUCUUCAGAGCCGACCAGACCUCUUCCAUUUCCGGUGUCGACACUGGUUUUAAGGGUUUCUUUCAGCCGAAGCAUUUAAAUGGUACUUGGGGAUACCAGGAUCCGAUAACAUGCUCCAGCAUCGACCAAAGUGACUCAAUCUGUUCGUUGCAAAACACAGCCGCAGAAACCUUUGAGUCUAGCAUAUGGGAAUACCAGUUCUUCACACCGCACGACAUGUCCACCCUCAUCACUCUCCUCGGCGGUCCCGAUCAAUUCACCCGCCGUCUAGACUACCUCCAUGAUCAAAAUAUCACCUAUAUUGGCAACGAACCCUCCUUCCUCACUGUCUUUCAAUACCACUACGCAGGCCGUCCCGGCAAAUCUACCUCCCGCGCCCACUUCUACAUCCCACGCUUCUUCAACCCCACCCCCGCUGGCCUUCCAGGUAACGACGACUCCGGUGCCAUGGGCUCCUUCGUCGCAAUGGCCAUGAUGGGUUUAUUCCCCAACCCCGGUCAAAACGUGUAUCUGAUAACCGCACCCUUCUUCGAAUCAGUUAACAUCACCAGUCCCAUUACGGGGCGCACGGCUACAGUCAGAACUGUAGAUUUUGAUUCUGCUUAUCAGAAUAUAUACAUUCAAUCUGCCACGCUGGAUGGGAAACCUUACUCGAAGAGUUGGGUUGGCCAUGAGUUCUUUACGCAGGGCAGUGAGCUUCUUCUUGUUCUGGGGAGGAACGAGAGUGAUUGGGGGACGGGGUCUGAUGAUGUUCCGCCUUCUUUGGGGGUGAAUGUUCUCGAUCCUUGA